CCCUCGUCGAUACAACCAAGCCAAUCAAAUCCCACCUUGCCUUCCUCCCUCCUCCUCCUCCACUCCGUCUCUCAUCAGAUUCCAAACACCGCGUCCGUCGUGAGCGCCGCGUGCCCGCGGGAUCCCCAAACCCCGGCCCCCGAUCCCCGAGCCGGCCCAUGCUUCCCUCCGCCGCGGUCCCGCCCACCCCCGCCGCCGCUCCCCUCCGCCGCUGUUGUAGCCUCCGCGCCCCGUGCUGUUGUUGCUGGUGCUGUUCCUGAGCUGUGUGUGAUUGGCUAGGGUUGCGGUUCUGCGCGAGGCGAUUUGGGGAGGAUUUCGGAGGAAGGCAUGGAUCUCUCGCGGCCAGAGUCGUCGGACCUCUCGCUCGGGCUCCACCCGCACGCCCACGCCCAUGCGCGCGUGCACGCGCGCGCCGCCACGCCGCUGCGGCUGUUCGACGACUCGGACGACGUCAAGACGGAGGGCAGCGUCGGGGGCGGCGGCGACGGCGAGGACGGGAACGACGAGAGCGCCGACCAGCACUUCUCGCUCCUCGGCCACUCGCUCUGCGUCAAGCGCCCGCGCCGCGGGCUCUACGGCGGCGGAGGGGGAGGGGAGACCUCCUCCUGCUCGUCCUCGUCCGCGGCGGCCAUGCGCCCCGCGAAGCGCCAGGCGUCGGGCGCGGAUCUGGAGGCGCGGCGCAGCGCGGUCCGCGCGUGGGGGAACCAGCCGCUCGCGGAGGCCGACCCGGACGUGCACGCGCUCAUGGAGCGCGAGAGGGAGCGCCAGGUGCGCGGCAUCGAGCUCAUCGCCUCGGAGAACUUCGUCUGCCGCGCCGUGCUCGACGCCCUCGGCAGCCACCUCACCAACAAGUACUCCGAGGGGCACCCGGGCGCUCGCUACUACGGCGGGAACCAGCACAUCGACGCCAUCGAGCGGCUCUGCCAUGAGCGCGCCUGCACCGCCUUCGGUCUCGACCCGGCCUGCUGGGGUGUCAAUGUCCAGCCCUACUCAUGCACCUCCGCGAACCUGGCGGUCUACACAGGGCUUCUCCUACCCAAUGACCGUAUCAUGGGCCUUGAGCCGCCGUCCGGUGGCCAUGUCAGCCACGGGUAUUACACGCCUAGUGGUAAGAAGGUAUCUGGCGCCUCGAUAUUCUUUGAGAGCUUGUCAUACAAGGUGAAUCCACAGACUGGCUAUAUUGAUUAUGACAAGCUUGAGGACCGGGCAAUGGAUUUCCACCCAAAGAUUCUUAUCUGUGGUGGGAGUUCCUACCCCAGGGAGUGGGACUUUGCACGGAUGAGGCUGAUAGCUGACAAGUGUGGCGCAGUGCUCAUGUGCGACAUGGCGCAUAUUAGCGGACUUGUUGCAGCGAAGGAAUGUCGCAGUCCAUUCGACUACUGUGACGUUGUUACCUCAACUACUCACAAGAACCUAAGGGGUCCUAGAGGUGGAAUAAUAUUUUUUAGGAAAGGGAAGAAUAUGAGGAAGCGAGGUGGAUCUUUUUCUCAAGGGGAUGAAAAUGAUUAUGAUUUUGAGGAUAAGAUAAAUUUCGCUGUAUUCCCUUCACUGCAAGGAGGGCCGCAUAAUAACCAUAUUGCUGCUUUAGCGAUAACGCUGAAGCAAGUUGCGACGCCUGAAUAUAAAGCAUACAUUCAACAAGUUAAGAAAAAUGCUCAAGCUUUGGCAUCGGCCUUGCUCAGAAGAAAAUGCAGAUUGGUUACUGGUGGCACUGAUAAUCACUUGGUGCUUUGGGACCUCAGAACUUUUGGCUUGACCGGGAAGAACUUUGAGAAGGUCUGUGAGCUGUGCCACAUCUCUAUAAAUAAGACACCGAUAUAUGGGGAUAAUGGCUCAAUAUCUCCCGGUGGCGUGCGUAUUGGAACACCUGCAAUGACUACUAGAGGUUGCCUAGAAGAUGACUUCGAGGUGAUCGCAGACUUCCUCAUCAGGGCGACACAGAUAGCUGGUAGUGUUCUGAAACAACACGGAAAAGUCCAGAAGGAAUUUCUAAGAGGCCUGGAGAACAAUAAGGACAUUAUAGAGCUCGGUAAUCAGGUUGAGGCUUUCGCAUCACAGUUUGCGAUGCCAGGUUUUGAUGUAUGACUCUGCAUAUAUAUUACAUCUUCUUGGGGAUUGUCCAGAUUUAUCAGCAAAUAGCAACUAUUUCGUUAUCAGGCUGUUCACACAAAAUGGGAAGUUGUUGCUCUCAACAGCAACAGUGUAGGAAACGAUUUUUUAGUUGGAAAUUGGUUUCGACUCUUUGACUCUCAAGCAAUCAUGUACAGGUCUAUACCCUAAAGUCCUUUUAUGAUUUAUGUAUGUAGUGAAUCUUCACGUAAUGAGUUCUUAUAUUGUAUGUUUUGUCGCGUUUUUGGAACCUGAAGUGUUAAUA